AUGUCCGGCGGAUUAGCUGACCAUUCCUACGAUGACGACCACGCGGUGCUCGACGACGACUUCCUCAAUGAUGAAGUCGAACCCGAUGAACCGUCCUACAACAGCUCUGACCGCGCUCCCCUGACCGGCAACAUCCAGUCCUCGGGCUCGUCCUCGAGUGCCCCCCUGAACCAGAGUUAUCUGACCUCGAGGAUACCCGGGGAAGACAGACGCGCGCCGCAAAACACCUUGGACGAAAGUGUGUGGGACACCGUCUCUCGGGAUUUGUUCGCCGUGUGGGAAAAGAUGAAACAAGUCCUCUACCCGAAGUACCUGCUCGGUGGGAUGCUGCAGAGACAAGGCUCCGGAAUGGGUGACGAAGAGGGCGGUCAAGGGUUCGGUCGAGAUCUCCGAGGUCUGAUCGGAAGAUGGCCCGAUGCAGAUGGAAUCCUGCAGGGAGGUCUGAGUGAGGGUCUACGAGACUGGGAUCUCUGGGGUCCUCUCAUAUUCUGUCUGCUUCUGAGUGUGUUUCUGUCGAUGCGAGCCAGCAAGGAUCAGACCGAUCUGGUCUUCUCGGGCGUCUUCUCCGUCGUUUGGAUCGGUGAAGCCGCGGUGACGCUCCAGAUUAAAUUGCUGGGAGGGAACAUUUCCUUCAUGCAAUCGGUCUCGAUCAUCGGCUACACAUUGUUUCCUCUGACAAUCGCUGCCUUGCUGAGUGCACUGGGCCUGCCGAUGAUUGCGCGUGUUCCUGUCUAUCUUGUUCUUGUGGCAUGGGCUAUGGCCGCCGGGGUUAGCAUUCUCGGAGGAUCAGGAGUCGUCAAGAACCGGGUCGCGCUCAGUGUCUAUCCUCUAUUUGUCUUCUACCUGGGCUUGGGCUGUCUGUGUUUUAUCAGUUAG